AGCAAUCUUUCUCGGUCCAGUCAUUUCGUGAGUCCGUUCGUAGAGUUGUUGGGGAGUGGAUGCUUUCAGUUCUUUUUUUGAAGUUGUAAAAUGGAAAUACGGACUUUCUCAAGUGUAUUAAGUGAAAAAUGCUCGUUGGACUUUUUUCACGAAUUCUUAUAACCAACGUCAAAAUCUUACCCCAGUAUUGAGUAAUUUAUUAUUUUUCUCGUGUCGAUAUUUCGGUUGAAGAUGGUGAUUAACAACUACGGUUCUUGUGGAAACACGGUGAAACUGCCGAGAGAAAACAACAACAACAACAACAACUAUCAGUCCACUGAGUGUCUGGUGCCUAUACAAGAAGAAGUCGAGGAUGUCACUAACAGUGAUAAUCUGUAUAUUUUUGGGUUCUACAAAACAUCCAUAUACUUUUUUGUUUACGUGAUUUUGUAUUUGGUGUUUUUGAUAUGUGGUGCUUUAGUGUUUGGUUUCUACGAGAAGCCAGCUGAGGUUGCUCUUAAGAUGAAGGUUGAAUCUGUCGUCCAGACUUUCCUGAGGACGUAUCCUAGUGUUCCAGAUCAAGCACUAGAAGAACUAAUAGGCGAGGUUGUCGCAGCCAGUAAUAGGGGGGUCUCUGCUACAAAAAAUGCUACUGGAGAAUCUAACUGGAGUUUUGGGCAGUCUUUCUUCUUUACUAGCACUGUCGUGACUACAAUAGGAUAUGGUCACGUCACACCUCUCAGCAAAGCAGGAAAAAUAUUCUGUAUCGUUUAUGCCGUGAUAGGAAUACCUCUGACGCUAGUUUUGUUAUCAGCUCUGGUAACUAGAAUACUAGUUCCUACAAUAUGGCUUCUGCAGUGGUUGAAUUCAAGACUAGGACACUUAUAUCAGCCUUUCAAUAUUCGGUUGCUGCAUCUCUCCGUAAUGGUUAUAAUUCUGAUUGUGGUGUUCUUGCUGCUCCCAGCAGCCGUUUUCGCUAGAAUAGAACCAAAUUGGGAUUACAUGGACUCAUUGUAUUAUUGCUUUAUCUCACUCACCACCAUUGGUCUAGGAGAUUACAUACCUGGUGACUCCCCAAAUCAGCCCUACAGGCCUCUCUAUAAAAUAGGAACAACAGUAUUUUUAUAUUUGGGCAUCACCUACCUAAUGGUGACUCUGGCAGUCUUCUACGAUAUACCCCAGCUCAAUCUCGGAUUUCUAUUCACAUCCAACUCUGAGAAUUCAGAGAAGAAGCCUCUGGCUGGAUCCGGUAUGAAUAUGCAGUAUGGCGGGGCCAGCAGCAACGUUUUGCCAGAUCCUAAUGAGGGUAGUCACCGUCAGGUGGUGAGGGUGAGAUCGAGAAGAGCUGAUAGUCCAAGUCCAGAUGAGCCUGUUCCAAACAGAGAUUCGAUCAUGCCCUGAAGAGGUAUUCAAAGUUACCGAAUGAUACUCCAAGAUUUUGCCAUAUCCAUCUACUGAGUUCAAGAAAGGAACAUUGUGGACGUAUUCUUCAAUUCUUCGUGUUAAGUAAAAAAUGUAUCAACUCAAAGAACCAUUUGAUCUUCAACAGAACUGUAUUAUAUAAUAUAACUCAUAUAUUUUUUUAAUUCUAUGAUUUCAAUGAGAGUGUCAAAAGUUAGGAAACUGCCUAACUUUAUAUUUUCCUAAAAUAAUUCAACUGUAUUAUGAUGAAAUCUGUGUUACAAAGAGAAUACAAAAACUAAAAUUAUUUGAAAGGUAAAUAGGUAUAUAAGGGGGCCCAGAGAAAACAAUUCAAAAUUAAGUAAUGCAUAAUAGUUCCAACACAAAUAAUUCCAAGUUGAGUUUAAGAUAAAUUAAUUACUGGAUUCUCCCUUUGUCCUUCAAAUAUAACUAUUUAUCAGUAAGAUUGUCAAAUGAUGCUUACCUGUAUUUCCGUAGCGAUAAAAAUAUGUAACUAUAAUCAUAUGUAUAGUUAUUAUAAUUUUAUCAGAGUGAAUAUAUAUUACUACAUCGUCAAUCGAAAUAUUCAACAAAUGUAAUUUAUUUUGAAAUUUGUAUUAUUCUAUAUCAUUGUAUUUAAUUAUGUGGACCAAAUAAAAUAUCAAAAUAUAAAAA